GAACUGAUUACAGGUUAAAGUGUAACAAAUGCACAAUGUGUAUUGCACACUGAAUUAAUUCAUCUUCAAUCCCAGAGAAGAGAGGUCGUCAAUCAAGUUUUUAUGUGAUUUGCAUUAUAAAGUCUAAAAGACAUGGAUAUCCUAGAGACAAACUCAAGAUAUAGGAAAAGCUCUCUGAGUAAUAAAAUACAAAUCCCAGAGGUGAUCAAAUACCACCAAAAGAAAGUUCUAUGUGUAAGAAGUACUGUUCCAAAACUACUUCCCUUCCUAAUGACCGCUUGCAAUUAUUUUGUGCUGUGGAUUCCCCUCUCAGAGCCAAGCUGGUACAGUGCACUUAUUAAGUGCCUACCAAUCAUCUGUCUGAAGUUUUUCAUUGUUGUCCACUCCAUUGGCUCAAGAAAGUUCAGCUCAUAUGCGAAGAAGAUCUUUCUGGGAUUAGUCUUCUCAGCAGCUGGAGAUGUUUGCCUUGUUUGGCCAGAAUCUUUUCAACUUGGAAUGGUGAUGUUUGGAUUGGCCCAUAUCUUGUACACAAUUGCCUUUGGCUUCCAUCCUUUAAAUAUUCGUAUCUUCAUCAUCUUCGCUCUCUUUUGUGCCACCUUUUACUCUUUGACUGUCUCCUACUUAAGUGGACCUUUUAUUUAUAUGGUGGCUGGCUACUCAAUGUUGAUCAGUACCAUGGCAUGGCGGGCGCUGUCCAAGCUGAAAUCCCAUGAAUUUUCCUGGGCAAAUAUGUCUGCUGCAUUAGGUGCCAUAUCCUUCAUGAUCUCUGACUGUGUACUUGCAGUUGACAAAUUCUGUUUCCCAUUUUCCAAUGCGAGGGCUAUUGUCAUGUCAACAUACUAUGGAGCCCAAAUGCUAAUCUCCCUAUCAACAAUUAGACCAACUCAAGAUGAUUAUUUGUGGAAGUCCAGAUAAUAUAAACACUCCUGGGUUUGUAAAAAAUAUAUUAUAAUAACCUUUUCAGAGUUUACUGAAAGAGAUAACUAUACUAUUCGGUGUAUAGUAAAGGAGAAAAUGCAACAUACAACAACUGAGAGUAACCAAGAAGUUAUAAUCUUCAUUUGUUUUGUCUGCUUAAAAGGGAAAUUUGAUUGGUUGGAUUAUUGCACAUUGAAAAUGAAUUGUUUUAAUAAAUAUAUCCAUAUUUAUCUUUG